GUAUGCGACGUAGGGUCGGUAGUUUUGUGAGCAGCGUCACUGAACAACAGUGUGGACUGGAUGUUAAGCCGAAGAUUAUAAUGACAAUAUGGUGACAACGGCUGAUAUCUCGCCGGUUUCGGCCGGUGCGAAGAUAAACGACAAGAAUGAAGUGACCCGCAAGCGAGAACCUGAAUUUCAGAGGUGGAGAUGGACUCCAGGAAAGGUGUACCACUGGGUGCUUGCUUUCGGUGCAUUAGCGUACGCCCUGGGGAUGUUCGCUACCAACGAAGAGAGGUACUUUUUACUGGACCAUAUGCGGAGUUCCUUCAACGACAGCCCCUUUGGUCUUAAGCAAAGGCAGGACAAUCAGAAUGGGGAAUGGCAGACAACAAAGCACGUCAUGCAAACUGCGUGGAUGUGGUACCUGCUACACCCUGUGCUGGCCCGGGUGACGGCCCACGUGACACCAUCGCUGGUACCCGUCUUCUACUCCGUUUACUCGUCCCUGUCUGUGACAUUCACCUUCGGUUGGGAAGUGGCGCUGCUGUUCUUGGCGCAACACGCCGCCUUCUACGUCACGGCCUCGCUGGGCAGCACAGCACUGUGCUACGUGGUGGCCACCGUGAUCCACUACCAAAAGUUAUUUAUCCCGUUUAAUGCACUUGAGUACAUGUAUCCCAGGUACGGUUUGAUGGCCUACAGGGCCUCAUACGUCAUCUACCAUUGGAACAUACUGCGUGGCCUCAGCUUCACCGUCGAUUUCGUUCAAGCCGAGCGUCGCAAGAACACCGGGAACAACCAACGUAGGUGGCCUUCAUACUGGAAGACGCUGGGUUACAUGUUGUACCUGCCCACGGUAUACCUGGGACCACCGCAGAAUUACGACGACUUCAUAGCCCAGUCGGAAGGCCCAAAACCAAGUUGCACGCUGCGGGAGAUUGCUGUGGCCAUCGCGAGGUUGCUCCGUAAUGGCGCCCACUAUUUACUCAUGGAACUCAUGGCACACUUCUUUUACAGUUCGGCCAUGACCAAGUGGGCCUGGAUGUCUAACAGAUUAGACUACGCCAGCCUGGCGGGCUACGCCCUUGCUCUGGAAUUUAACUAUUACGUGAGCUACCUGUUCAACUACGGUUUCGCCGGCUCCCUGGCCAGAGUGGAGGGCAUCGAGGUACCGGCUACCGCUCCCUGCAUUGCAAGGUUACACCGGUGCUCGCGUUUCUGGAGGUACUUCGACCGCGGCAUGCACCUGUGGAUUCGAAGGUACAUCUACGAGCCCGUGAUGAGUGAAACUCGCACCGCCUUCCGGCUGAUUUUAGGCGCUGUGGUGGCCUUCACCUUCACCUGCACAUGGCACAGCCUGCGUAAGCACGAGGCCGUAUGGUGCGCACUCAGUGUGCUUGGCAUCACCCUCGAAGUAAUCACCAUCCAGAUCAGAAAGUGGACACCCGUCAAGAACUUCGAGAAACGCUACCUGUCGUCACCUGAGAGGAUGCGAACGGCAAAGGCUCUGCUGGGAUCUCCGCAUUUCUUGCUCACAACUUGUGCGUGCCUCUUUCACUUGGCAAAAGUGGAUGUCUGCGUCAACAUUUGCAGAAGGAUCCUAACCGGCUUUCCUUUCCCGAUGGUUCCCAUUUUGGUGGUCAUGUACAGCCUCUGCCAUGUUUCUAUGGACGUUGCAGAGUGGGAAGAAGCGUCGGCCUUGGCUAAGAGGAAACAAGCUUCAUCGUGAACUGCUUAACUGCAAUACUUCACAAGGCUACCUCGCUACCCGUUUACUCGCUUUUCUUUUUUGCUUUCUUCACAACGAAACCACGUUAUAUUUGAAGAUUUCACAGUGGUCUUCGUGCGAUAGUGAAAAAAUGUACGCUCCACAAAUGUUUACGCGUGCCAGAGACUUAGUCUCUUGUUUCGCCAGUUCCCUUACCUCAACGAUAAUAAAUAUUUUUUU